AUGCUGCGACCGCCGUUGCCGUUCACCGCCGGCCGCCGGCCGCCGGCGAGGUUCUCGCCUCGUCGCCCGUGAGUAGCAUCGCAAAGAAGCAAGGUUCCUGUAUUUCUCGUGUAUAAUCUUGAUGAUUGAGUGUAUUCGAUCUCAUCGGUUCCUCGAAGACAGGUUCUGCAUGGGGAGCAAGGUAAGUGAAGCGGCGUCGCCGGCCGUCCCCAGAUUCGUCCGCAUCGGGGGAAAAGAAGGUCUCUCGGAGGACGCCUUCGGAAGAGGUGCGCUUCCGCCGGCGUUUGACUCGAAAAUUUGCAUAAUUGGCUUUCCAGUGAUAAAUUUGUUUUCAGCGUGGAACAAGUGAAGAAAAACUUGUCGCUGGGGCUGUUUUCUGCAGGUUUCAAAUUCCGGCUUGUGUCGUACAACAUCUUGGCCCAGGUAGUACUGUAUCACAGUAAUGUCUUUGCUCUGCACUUUGAACCGAUGAAAAUUCAUGGUGGAUUCCAUAAGCGAUCAAAAUUUUGUCCGAGUUCAAUUGCAAUGGUUACUUGGAUGCCUUUCUGAACACGUCUAAUUAACUAAGGUGAGAAACGCCUUGGCUGAUCCAGUUCCUGAACAAUUUUAGAUUGGGAAGACUUAAUUGGUUUGCGAGGCAAAUUAUUGAAUCCGAAAUAAUCGUUAAAAAGAGUGGGAAAAAAGCUAAAAUAAGAGAAAAAAGUGGAGGAAACUGGGAAGGAAUCGCACAUCUCCUUAUUGGUUAAAACAGAAAAGGAAAUAGUAGCAUUCUACAAGUAUCAUCAGAUGUGGGUUCCAAGCAAGCAGCGGGGUGGGUCCUUUCUGUUGGUAUCUGUUGUCAUCUUUACUAUAAUGGCCCAUCUUAUCCCUGAUUGAUACAGAAGUGUAUAUUUAUCUUGCCUUAAAACAUUUGAAGAACAUCAGGAUGAGGUUGUAAACUUCAAAAUUUUGCAAAAAAAAAAGUGCCUAGAGAGGAAUUGUGGGUCAAGUUUGCCAAACUUAUAUCCUUCACUCCCCUGCUGCAGAGACCAAUCCAGAAAAAUAUGGCCUGGACCUAGAUGUGAAAUCUCUGACUCUCAUGUUCCAUGGAAUUUGAUCACGCACUUGGAUUGGUCGGGCUUGAUUAUUCUCCAGAUUUUGGUCAGGAGUUUGGAAGUUUUGAUGUCAGAAUGAUUCUUUUUUCAUUAUGAAAUUCCUUAAAUUUCUAAUUAUUUUUUCCGAAUGAUUUUUAAUUUGUGAUAGAUCGCAUGAUUCAUCUUGGUUUUCUAUGAUUCUAAUAUAUAGUGGAGGCUUUAGGAUCAACCAGGUUGCAUAGUUUUGGCUGUUUUAAGAGGGAGAAUAUGAAUUCAGAAAAUUAGUAUAUGAGUGAAUGGAAUUGUUUUCGUCUGGCUUUUGUCAGAUUUCCAAGAUACUGAGAUGGAAAUUUGGUCCAAAUGAGAUUUACUAUUCUAAUCGUUUCUGGCAUCCAAGCAUCCAUUACUAGUUUUCUAAUGGAUUGAUGGCCGGGAUAAAAAGGGUUUUUGUGUCAAGCUUGGGUUUGCAUUCCAAACACCAAGUUUCUUACUCCAAUGUCUUCCCUGUCCAGUUGAGUAUUGGUGGUGGUCUUCCAAUAAUUCAAGAAAAUAUAGAGAAUGUUUGCCAUCAGUCCAUAGGAUAGAAAUUCUAUAUUAAAAUUAGAGAAGGAAGUUUGAUUUAGUCAGGGUUAAUUUUUCUUUCUAUUUAUUUAAUUUUUAUUUGCUAAUAAAAUGGCUUCAUAGUGAGCUUCAGAUUUUUAUCCCUUCAGCAAUAGUUGUCUAAAUGCUAGCUCCUGGUCUUUCUCUGGUUUCCAAGGGAUCCUUAAUAUAUUAUUUAUAACCUCAUCUUGCAGGCGUAUGUCAAAAGUUCUUAUUUUCCACACUCUCCAUCUCCUUGUCUGAGGUAAAUCAAAGUCUCUCUCCUCUCCAAAAAUGUAUAUAUUUCUAAUUUCAUUCUAGGAGCACAUCAUUACUUCUGGUGGAUUCGGUGGGGUGUUGUCUGCCUUCAGAUCUACAUGAGAGCAUUGUUUUUAUAACGUAUUCAUGCAGAAAACAUUUUUUUUUCUAUCUAUCUCAACGUUCAAUACAUCAAUUUGGUGAUAUCCCCCCCUACUCAUUUUUUGAGCACAUCCGUGCCUUUGGUUAAGUCUUGUUCUCGUAAUUUAGGCCUGAUGUGCCACUUCUGCUUGCUCCAGCAGAAACGUGCUUGGUACUUUUGCACAGAGCAGGCAGGCAUGAAGGGUGAACCACUUUGUAAUGCCUUUACCUUGCUCUGUGGGGUUAUCAAGGGUGAACAGCUUUCAAUAAAGAACUUUACUGCAUUUCAUGUGUGCCAAGGAGUUUCUUUUGGAUCAUGAUCCUUCAUGAAUGUUAGCGAAAAUGCUCCUGCCUUGAGAUCCUGAAAUUAUCUGAUGCUGAUCCUCAACUUCAUUAUGCCAAUUGAAGACUACGAAUGCGCUUUGCAAUAUAAAAAUUUAAAUCACGAGAAAUUGGUUCUACAUAUUGAACUUUUUAGAUGGGCUUUGUUCUAUCGUUUUCUCGUUGCAUUUAUGUAUAAUACACUGUAUUGCAGGUGGAAAGCACGCUCACAGGCAAUUUUGACUCUCCUCAGAAGCUUUGAGGCCGACCUACUCUGCCUACAGGUGAGAAUUGCCUUAGACAAUGAAGAGUGGUAACAUGACCAGGGUCAGGCGAGCUUGACCAGUCUAACACAGGAGGGAGACCUUAGCCUGUCCAAGCCAGAAGAUAUAAUAUUUUUUCGUUUAAAUGCUUUCUCCCAAGAUUCCAUCGGAUUUUAUCUUAGACUCUGAGUAAUGCUGGGAAUGGGAUUAGCAGCCUCAUUUGGUUACUAUUUUAUGAACUCCAAGCCAAUUGUGCUUUGCACGAGUUUCUCUACAGUAUCACGUAAUUGCUGAUGAUUUUGCCAUAAUGUUUGCUUCUGUUGCAUCAUCAUUCUAUCUCACAUGCUGAUUGAAGUGGGUAACGUGCCCUUUUUAGUGCUGUUAGGUGAUUACUGUAGAUUUCCCUAGUUCCAGCUUGAAAACUCAUGCUUUUCUUCCACUUCCCUUGUUCUGCGAGAUGCCAUCGUUCAGGAACUGGAUGAAUUCGACAGCUUCUAUAGGAAAAAUAUGCAGAGCCUUGGCUAUUCAAGCAUUUAUAUUCAGAGAAGCGGGCUGAAACGCGAUGGAUGUGGAAUCUUUUACAAGCCCACAAGGUACACAAUCGUCUUCAAUUCUCAUCCGCUGAAACUGUUGAGAUGCCUCCCAUAUGGCAAAAUCAGGUCAGCCUCUUGGGCUCUCUUGCCUCAUCUAGAUUAAAGUCCGAUCCUGUGUGGGUUUUGUCCGAUUUGGACGACAGUAUCAAACCAGUUCUGGCCAAAAGUUUGGAGUGAUGAUCUUUAAGGAAGGAAGGGCAUUAAGGUCACUGAUGUAUGCGGCAGGUUGCAGACGAUCUUAUCUGGUUCCUUCACAUAUUAGACCAGCUCUCCCAAUCUGCAGUCAAAUCGCUCUGUUCUUCUGUGUCCUACCCUUUGAAAUUUUUACUUCUUUCAUCACGUAUUCUAGAUCUUCAGAGUUGACCCUUACCCACUUGAGCUUCUCCCAUUCUUCUGUCACUUCUGAUUGCCUUUUUGUUUAACCCUUUCCCUGUAACCAGUGCAGAACUGGUCUUGAAGGAGGUGAUCGAAUACAAUGACCUGGUUGAUUUUGUUGACCCCAAGAACUCCGAUGAGGAGGACAGAAGAGAAGAUGGAGAAAGUUCCAUGGUUUCGGACGACAAACCAGGUGAAGGUUCCUCUCAUUCCAUGCUUCCAUCUCCCUCCCGAAUUUAUUCUGUUCAUUGAGAUUCCUUUCACUAUCCCCCGUUCGCUCUCUCGCUGUCUCAGUCCUGGCAGAGGAGCGUAGUGGCGAUGGCAACGGUCGAGAUCCCAGUGACCCGCGUGUGAGGCUGAAGCGAGACUGUGUGGGAAUAAUGGCGGCAUUCAGACUCAACGAUCCCUCCCGCCAUCUGGUUGUCGUGGCGAAUACACACAUUUACUGGUGAGUUUUGAGCUCAGAUUCAUCUCCAUCCUCUGUCCUGCUAUCUAUAGCCGACGCCUCUCGUUAUCCUGCUUCAGGGACCCCGACUGGGCUGAUGUGAAGCUGGCGCAGGCCGAGUAUCUCCUGUCGCGUCUCUCUCGAUUCAAAAACUCUGUCUGCACAGAAUUUUGCUCCGCGCCUUCGAUCAUCGUCGCCGGGGACUUCAACUCCACCCCCGGGGAUGCGGUCCAUUCUCCUUCGCCCAACCUUCUUCCGGAUUUUGGUCCUGGCUUCAGAAGAACUUGCGAAUUAUAUGGCUUCUGCUUCGCAGGUCUACCGGUUCAUGGUGUCUGAAGACGUUGUCACCGCCGCCGCGGCCACCACCAAGCCGCCCGUUCCUCUGCGUAGCCUCUAUGCGUCUGCUGGCGGAGAGCCGCCUUUCACCAAUUGCACCCCGGGUUUCACUGGGACGCUUGACUACAUCUUCUUCUCGGGCUCCGGCAGGCUGAGGCCGAUCGGGCUCCUCCAGGUCCCCGGGCCGGAGUCGCCGGACGUCACCGGCGGACUACCCAACCACCGCCACCCCAGCGACCACCUGCCCAUCGGAGGGAACUUCAUGCUAGUCGAUCUUUGA